GCCAACUCCCAUCCAUCCAUCAUUCACUUUUUUCUUUUAAAUUUGUUGGCGUCGUCCGUUAUUGAUUGUUAUUCAUGACUUUUCGAUUCGUGUUACUUUAUCUUGCUCAACUGGAACUAUGUGUCGGCGCCCGUAGUUGAUGAUCACAACUAUGUUCCAUCCAGAAACCCUAGCGCUUUGAAUUGAAUCUAACCUGGGUACCCUUUUGAAUUCUGCUAUGAUCUUUUCAGGCUGGCUGAUGUUAAUUGGACAUUUUAUCUUGUAGCCAGACGUCUUUGCUUUGUUCUUGAACCCGAGUUGUAUUUAAUUUCAGUGUGUUUUGAUUCAUACGGCUCAAGAACUUGUGCUUUUUUGGUCCAUAUACCUUUCAAAACUUUGUUUGUCCCAAUUAUUGUGUUUCUUUUAGUAUCCUGGUAGCUUGAGAUCUCUAUAUGGUCCAUAUAUUUCUUUCUACACUAGUAAUACUAUUUUCUGAUACACAAUUUGGGCUGCAUCGAAAUUUUGUGAACGGAUUAAUUUUUUUUUACUAAUUAUAUUGUGUCCCGGAUUUUCAGCUCCCUUUUCAGAUAUAUAGUUGGAAUAUCUUCAGAAGCUUAAGAAGACCCAUCAUUUCUUCAUUGCUCUUUUGUAGAGAUUCAUGGUUCUGAAAUCAUUACUGACAUGCUUGUUUGAUAGGCAUCAAUGUCAGCCUGUUGUGGCCUUCCCCUUCUAGAAUGUGUAUACUGUCUGGCCUGUGCUCGUUGGGCGUGGAAGAAAUUCCUCUAUACUGCUGGUAGUGAAAGUGAAAACUGGGGUCAUGCUGGAGCUGCUGAAUUUGAGCCUGUACCCCGUAUCUGUCGGUAUAUUCUAUCAGUCUAUGAAGAUGAUCUCCGAAACCCAAUUUGGGCUCCUCCUGGUGGGUAUGGUAUGGAUCCUGAUUGGGUAAUUUUAAGGAGAGACUAUGAAGAAACUGAAGGGAGGGUUUCUCCCUAUAUGAUAUACCUUGAUCAUCAAAAUGAUGACAUAGUUUUAGCCAUUAGGGGUCUUAAUUUGGGAAAGGAAAGUGAUUUUUUGGUUUUACUUGAUAACAAACUGGGGCAGACAAAAUUCGACGGAGGUUAUGUCCAUAAUGGGCUACUGAAGUCAGCUCAGCGGGUUUUGGAUGCAGAGUGCGAGAUCCUCAGGGAACUAAUUGAGACAAAUCCAAGUUAUACUUUGACUUUUGCGGGCCAUUCUCUAGGGGCAGGGGUUGUAACAUUGUUAGCAUUGUUGGCAGUCCAGAAUCGGGGAAAACUGGGAAACAUCGAGAGGAAAAGGAUCAGAUGCUUUGCUAUUGCUCCAGCUAGGUGUAUAUCACUAAAUCUGGCUGUGAGAUAUGCAGAUGUUAUCAAUUCUGUUGUCCUUCAGGAUGAUUUCUUACCGCGGACCACCGUGGCUUUGGAAGAUGUUUUCAAGUCAGUUUUCUGGAUAGGAAAAAUACCCCCCAUUGUGAAGACGGCAGUACCCGUUGAUGGAAGAUUUGAGCACAUAGUCCUCUCUUGCAAUUUAACUUCAGAUCAUGCCAUCAUUUGGAUAGAGAGAGAAUCUCAACGUGCUCUUGAUUUAAUGAUGGAGAAGGAACGGAUUAUGGAGAUUCCACCCCAACAGAAAAUGGAGCGGCAGGCCUCGCUUGCGAGAGAACACAGCAAGGAGUACAAGGCAGCACUACAGAAGGCGAUUGCACUCGAUGUCCCUCAUGCUUACUCACCAUCUUCAUAUGGAACAUUCCAGGACAUAGAGGAAGGGGACCAUUCGGGCAGAUUACACAGAGAAUCACCAUUAACGUCACCCAAGAGUAGGAAGGAAACCUGGGAUGAAUUGGUAGAUCGCCUUUUCGACACAGAUGAGUCAGGCCGCAUGGUACUCAAGUCACAGCCCACAUAAGGUUUCGCAGCAGGCUUAGCAGAGCAGGGGUAAUUUUUUUUUGUAUUUAUUCAUAUUGGCCUCUUUCUUUUCUGGGGGACAUGUAUCAUGCUUGCUUUUUUUUUUUUUUUUUUUGUUUCCUUUUUUUUUUAAACUUUUAGGGUUCGUAGAAAAAAAGCAGUUGCUCCAGUUAUGUUGUAUUCCCAGGGACUAAUUGUAAAUGUGCAUCUUCAUGAUCUACUAGUAGCUUUGGGCACUCUUGACAUGAA